GAGACGCGCUCAGACGAACGCACGUGAGGUGAACGUGAAGCUACAUUCGGAUUAAAAGGCCAACCGACCGACGGUGACCGUUUGAACUUGUGGGCGGAAACGUGCGCCGGUGCGACACUGACGACACCACGGCAGGUUGUACCGUUGAGCUAGUGAACAGCACAGGAUGUCAGACAGCGAAUCCAUCAAGAAGAUGUUGCGGUCUGUGCUUCAGUCCAGCAAGGCCGGAGUGUCCAUUAACACCCUCCAGUCAGAGUACCGGUCACUGUGCGGAGAGAGCAUCCCGCUGAAGGCGCUGGGCCACUCGAAACUGGAGGACUACCUCAGGAGCAUCCCCUCUGUGGUCCGCCUGGAGUACCGCACGGGUGAGAUAAAAUGCUUUGCCGCAGUGUGUAAAGAGACGGCUCACAUUGCUGAGCUGGUGGCCAAGCAGAAGAGCGCCAAGAAAUCCGGUCGCUCACAAGUCGUCAACUGCAGAAUGAGAUUCAAACCUUCAAACCCAUACCUGCUCAACGUGAGACCAAGGUCUUCUCUCCGCCAACCUUCAACUUUUGGUGCCUUUAACUGUCCAGCAAACCGUUCUAGGUCUCAUGGCGGCUACAGAGGCUUCAGCGCCUCAGGAGACUACAGGCAGUCGGACCAGAGGUUAGGCUUUGUCACCCCUGUCGAGCACAGACAACCGGCUCCUCAACCGGCUGAAAAACAGAGUUUCAUGCCUGUCAGGAAAGAGAAGAACUUGGCAAACUGUCAGAGGCCCAGAGAAUCUUUCACAGAGAAGCCUCCUGAACAAGUCUCCAGACUCAGCCAAUCCCAGCAGGCUUUUCUGUAUGACGUGGAGCUGGUGCAGAGCAGAAUAACUCAGCUCCUGAAGAAAUACUACAGUGGGUUGUGGAUGUCCAAACUAUCAGGGGUCCACAGUGAAAUGUUCAACCAAAAGCUCCACCCUCAGGUGCUGAUUGAUCUGGAAGAGUGGACGCACAUCGCUAUGGUGGAGCAACCUUCCAGCACCAACCGAGCUGACCGCCUAAUCUACCCUCCUCUGCCUCCUAAGCCUAGUAUUGCUCCAAGAAGAAGAAGCGCCACCAUCAUGCCUCCAACAUCACCAACUGAUUCAAUAACUAUCCCCAAACCCAUUUCUUCACGUCCCUCAACACCUGACCAGCCUUCCAACCCCUCCCCUCCUUUUCCGGUCCCUAAACCUAGACUUUUCCCCCCAAAACCCUUGGCUAAGCCCACUUUCAUUUUUCCUCCACAACCUGUGGCAGCCUCUUCCAGCAAACUGUUGAAUUCAGUCACGUUACGCAGCCCUGCCCACAACCCAGCUCUUGCUCCGCAGCUUCCCUCCAGUGUUAGUCUUGCAGUCAAUGCCAGUGGUGAUUGUAAACAAAACCAGAAGUUACCUACGACUUCACUCAACCACAACCAAAACAGUCCGACCUUAGCAUCUACCUGGUCUGGCCCUGCAUCAGCCAGCCCUCCUCCAUCGGCUUCCUCCCUCCAACCUGGCCCUGAAAUGUUACCGCUUUUGAAGGUCUCCUUCUCACCAGCCUCUGAUUCUGUCCCUGGUCCUCCCUCGAAAUCCUCCGCUGUUGUUGUGUCAGCUGAGGUGCGUCAGAGAAUAACGGAGCUUCUGUCUAAGUACAGUCAAGGUCUGUGGGCCCAUGCGUUGCCCAAACUCUUCAUGGACACGUAUAAAACGCCGUUCCCCGAACAUGUACUAGACAACUUAUCUCUUUUGCUGGAUAUAUUCACUGUGGAGUACCCCAUCCCGCAUGACAAGAAGAAGGCCAUCCUGUAUAACUCCAGUAGAGCUGACAUGGAAGCCACACAAGGCCAUGAAAGUCAGCAGUGCAGAAGCCAUCCCCUUCCCUCUGGUCUGGAGGUCCUGGGUCCUGUGGUGCCCCCCUGUCUGGUUCUUCCCUCAGAGCAGUACCCCUCUGUUCUGAUUACUGAUGCCAAGAGCAGCACUGCUGUUACUAUAAGGUAUGUAGGUGAGAACUACUCCAACGCCCAGGAGGCCAUGGAGGAGGCCAUGCACUCUUUCUACAGCCAAAGCUCCGCCCACCAUCCUCUAUCUAAGCCUGUUGUUGGUCAGCUGGUAGCAGUCAGAGGGGAGGAUGGAGAGGAGUUGGCAAGAGCUCAAGUCGUGCAUGUCAUGGUCCCCAACAAGGUCAAGGUAUACUAUGUGGACUAUGGCUUCUCUGUGGAAACCAGUGGGACUAAUCUGCUGGAGCUACACCAGGACUUCCUCCCUCUGCCCUUCCAGGCUAUCAGUGUUAGACUUGCAGGUCUAGAGGCUUUCAGCUCCCAUCCUUUGGUGAUGUCUUCUUUGGAAAGGUUGGCAGUCGGAAAGAUCCUGCUGAUGGAGACAUUAGAGUCGUGUCAACAGAAUGAGACGCCUGUUGCGGUGCUCUACGACACUUCGCAGGAUGACGACAUCAACAUCAACUCCGUCUGCCUGAAGGCUCUUCAGGACGUGACCAUGAGCAACCCUCUCACUGUUAACGCUACCUAUCAGGAUGUGUGUGUCACCAAUGUGUGUGCAGAUGGUAUCGUCUACUGCCAGCUGCCCUGCAGAGGAACCGCAAGACUCAGCAAGUUACUGGAAGAAACGGAGAGUUUCUUCAUCUCCCAGAUGACUUCUGAGUCCCUGGUGUCCAGACCCUUCAGUGGCAAGUUCUGUCUAGCCCGCAACAAAGGAAUGUGGGCCAGAGUGGAGAUCACCAACAUCUACGGAAACAGAGUGAUUGAGAUCCUCUUCAUUGACUUGGGUGUCCCAGCAACUGUAGAGGUCACUGACCUGCGAGAGAUCCCCCCUCUGUUCCUCAAAAACUUCACCAUCAUCCCACCGCUGGCCAUCAAAUGUCGCCUGGCUGACGUCACAGUUCCAGAGGGAGACUGGAGCCCAGAGGCCGUUCUGUGGGUGAAGGAGGCUCUCCUGGGCUCUGAAGACUGUAAAAUGAAGGUCUUGAAAUUAGACCAGCACAAAGGGGACCAGCUGGUCUAUAUGCACCUCUUCAUUGGUGCUGACAGCCAGGAGCUGGACAAGAGCAUCAACCAUCAGCUGGCCCACUCAGAGUUGUGGGAGAAACUCCCAACAGAGAACAACAACAACAGAAUCACCUGUAAUAACAGCAACGUGGAUACAGGUCUCAGUGCUCUAGUAGAGAAGUUGACUCUGAGCAGCCCGGUCCCAAACCUCAUCACCAAAUCCUCAACCGGACCUCUUCAAGGUGCAGACGUCCCAUCUGCUCCAGAUAUGACUACCAAGCCACUUCCCCUGCCUCCCCCGAUGGAGCUGCCCCAGCCUGGCCAGAAUAUGGAUGUGUUUGUGCCAGUGGCCUGUCACCCUGGUUACUUUGUGGUACAGCCAUGGCAGGACCUGCAUAAACUGGUGGUGUUGAUGGGGGAGAUGAUCCUCUAUUACAACCAGACGAUGAAGACCAACUCAGCCCCAGACAUCCAGAAAGGACAGCUCUACGCUGCCAAAAUAGACAAGAAUUGGCACCGAGUGCAGGUGAAGGGGAUUCUGGCCAACGGGUUGGUUUCUGUGUUUGAGUUGGACUACGGCAAACAUGAGCUGUUGGACUACGGCAAACAUGAGCUGGUCCGCAGUGCUCUGCUCAGGCCUCUGAUAGAGGAAUUCAGACAGCUGCCCUUCCAGGCCAUCACUGCACAACUUGCAGGUAUGACGCAGCACCAGUGGUCAGAGGAGGCCUCCAUGUUAUUCAGGAACCACGUGGAGGAUCGAGCACUGGUAGCCCAGGUGGAAAGCGUGUCGGAGGUGAAAAGUCAGCUGUGGCAAUGCAAGUUGACCGUUUACCUGGUGGACACUACGUUCGAGGACAAGGACCUUUGGAUUCACAGCAUGAUGGCGGAGAUCAGCGGUGAGCUGUCUUCAGCAGCCUAGGAUGUCUUCUCAUGCAUGUUGGUAAAUGAACCAGCAAGCUGACUGUGAGUCUAACGGUUGUUUUCAUUUUCUAAAAUGGUGAAAGUGCUCAGUGAACUUUGGAAGCCAAACGUCACUUUCUCGGUUCAUUUUUAGCAUUUCUCCCAACUAAGACAUUUAAGAAGACCCCUUUUUUUGCGUCGUAGUCCAAGGUCACGUCAACUUAUGAUUGGAGAUAUUUGGUUAAGGAAUUCAUGAUUUUCUGAAUUUCAGGACUGUUACAUGAGUCUCAGGGACACUAUUGAGUGCAGUUGUACUCAAAAUGAAUGAGAAAUAUCGACGGAAAACAUCCCACGCCAUCAAAUGUUGCUCUUGCCAGCCUUCAUUGUGGAAAAAAACAAACGCACUCUAACUCAUGAAAGACUUUUGAGUUAAGUCACCUGUGUUGCAUGUUUUGUGUUUGUCUUAUUUACCACUUUACUCCCCCAUCUAGUUUGUUUUUGGUUUGCUGUGCCUUAUGCAUGCAAUGGUGUGGCUCAUUUUGCACUUAAUUUUGUGUUUGUGUGUGUAUAUGUUUUUACAUUUAUCAAAUUUAAAUGACUUAACUACAUUAUUCUACAUAUGUUAUAUGUGAAAUCUACAUUGUUUAAACUUUAAUGACAUCUUGUUUGAUAACACCCCAUGUUAAUUGGCUGAAAAGAAUAUGUUGUAAUAUUUCAAUAAUAUAAUGUUUCAACAUGAAAAGCUGUUCACAAGGUUUUGUUCAAUUAAAACAUUUAGCCAAAAGAGGGUGUUCUUUGACUGAAAGCUUUAUAAAAAGUAUGUGUUCAGAGAUGGGCCAGUUUCGGGGCAUUGGGAGCUCCGAUGUCAGGAUGAUACGCCAGAA